GGGCUUCUCGGGCACCGUACAUUCGCGGAAGUUGUCAACCAUUCUUUAGUGUGAAUGGAAUGAGACAUUUAUGUAGAUAUAACUGAACGAGUAUUUACGUUUAAUGCUACUAUUCCCGUUUGUUACAGGAUUUGCAACAUGGAGGAUGAAUGGGAAGAGGAGGAGCAGAUUGUUGUGGUGGAGCUCUCUGGUAUAAUCAACAAUGACUUCCUGUCCAAGUGUCGGGGAACAUGCAAGAUACUGGAUAUCGACAGUGACAAGCCCAUGAUGCAGGUGGGACAGUAUGUGUUUGCAGGAGAAUAUGAAGAUACUUUGGGAACUUGUGUGCUGUUUGAAGAGGGACCACAGAAAGGAAACGCAGACAGUUGUCCAGACCUCAAGUACAUGUCCCACACCGUGAAAAAACUGAUGAUGCAACGAAUCUUCCUCGUUGAGAAGAAAGAGGGUGAAACCAGCACAGCAGGAAGCGGUGAUAGUGGUGAACAGAUGUCCACAACCUGUCAGUCUAAUCAAGAAGAAAAUACCAACCAACAGGGAGAGACAGCAGGAGAUAUGGACAACACAGAUUUGGAAGAUUCAGCAGUUGGCUGAAAUAUAGAAGCUUUGCUAUAUUGUGACCACCCUAUACUAGUGUAGAGACACCAGGCUGUGUAGGACUCCAUGUCUGAAUCAGACAAUUCUAAAGACAGUUGGAUUCAUACAGUUCACUCAUAUGGAAAAGUGCCAGUCUUAGUGUAAGUCUUGCGUCACAAUCCUUUUCCAGAAACAUGUAAUGCCUCUUCUUCACUGAACCUCAGAAAGAGUGAUAUUCAAUGCGCAACAUAAAUAUAGUUAAAUGACACCUACAGGUAAAACAGGAGCUUACAAAUCACCAUGUGAAUAUAUCCCUUUAUUUCCACAUAGUAGGGGCCUUGGGAAAGGCAGUCACAGAAAUGUGGCUGUAGACCUCAGUUUAACAGCAGGAAGUCCUGUCAUUGUGCUUCUCUGUCUUUUUCCACUUAUCUUGAUGCAUGUUGAACCAGCAGAGGGAGAAACAUUUGCUUGAGCUGCAAGGGUAUAGGAGAGAGUAAGACAUUUAUACAUUUAAAGAAGGAAGUAGAAUACUUAAAGUAUUUAGCCCCUAUUUUUCUGAUUUGUGAUAAAUAUGUUAUAUCUGCACAACUAUUGACUAUCUGCACCACUGACUAUUGAUUUACAGUGUUAAAGCCAACAGAAAUAAAGGCUUUUUAUUUUUUGGA